ACAUACGAAAAGGAAAACAACUUUCAGUAAAAAUAAAAACGCUGGUCAAGAUCAUUCUUCCUAAUUUUAUUAGUAGUAAUUCUAAUUAAACUUUUCUAUCAUUAAUUUUAACAUUUUCUUGUGACAUUUAAAAUGUUUAGAAAUCAGAAACCGGCAAAAAAAGGGAAUCUGUCGCAGUUUGGUCUGUUAGAUAUUCCUGAUUUGGACGAUGCAGAUGAUGAACCACUAAAUUUAUCUGAUGAUGACAUUGAUUUGGAAGCAGAAUUGGCUGCCAUUAGUGGUGGCACAAGCAGACAGAGACCAAAAAAGGCUCCACCAUCAGCCAAUCUCGAUGCCAUGAUAGCUGAAAGUUUAAAGGAUAUACCUUCAGACGAGGAUGUUGAUGAAGGUGAUGAAGAUGAUCCAGACUUAUUGAAUGAGUUAAAAAACUUAGGCCUCGAUGAUGAAGCUCCUCCAGCACCUCCGCCCCGCUCUUCCCGUCCAGCACCUCCCCCUCCUGGAGCUGAUACUGGCAUUGUGGGGGUUUUACAGGACAGAAUUAAUAAUUAUAUGGCUGCAGAGAAAGAUGCGAAGGAAAAGGGUGAAAGCAGUAGGGCCAGAAGAUUCAACCGAGGUAUAAAGACUCUAAAUGAUCUACUAAAGCAAGCUAAAGCUGGUAAACCCAUCAGCGAAGAAGAUAUUCCACCAGCCGUAAGUCUUGGAAAACCUGCUCAUUCCACACCAUCAGCACCACUCUCUGGUUCAGUACAACCACCAACAGACCCAGAGCCACUACUGAUAGAUCUUGGACACGAGGAUCCUCCCAGUUUACCAGAACCGCAAGAACCACCGCCCAGUCUACCGGAACCAGAGGAGCCACCACUGCCUCCACCGCGAGCUGAAAGCUUACACCAAGCAGACGACACCCUCACUCCUGAGAGACAGCAGAAGCUGCAGGCAAUAUUGAAACGUCAAGCAGAGUUUAAAACGGCGGCGUUGCACUGUAAAAAAUCGGGGGAUAAAGCAUUAGCACUCGAGUUCCUGAAGACAGUAAAGCAGUUCGAUGUUCUGGUGACUGCUUUCAAAACGACCACCGAGGGGAUGGACUUCGAUUUAGCCGAUUUACCUACUUUGGAGUCGGUCGCCGCGACCCUCAAGAGUCCAAAGGCCGAUGAACAAAUGCAAAAUUCCGGAGAACCAACACCAGCGUCGACUCCAGCCUCCACGGAGCUGAUCACCGCCUCGACGGUGGAAGAAGCUUUACGACAGAGGCUAGCUUAUUUUCAGCAACAAGAGUCAAAAGCGAAGGAAGAUGGUAACUCUUCGAAGGCUCGUCGCAUGGGGCGUAUCGUGAAGCAGUACCAGGAGGCGGUGCGGCUGCACGCGGCUGGCAGGGCGCUGCCCGGGGACGAGCUGCCCACGCCGCCGGGGUACGCGCCCCUACCCGCUGAUCCAGCUGAAGCACCGCGCCCCGCCCCGCCCGCACCUCGCCCGGCGGCCCCCUCCCCCUCCCCUUCUCCGUCCCCCUCCGCUGCCCCGCGCCCCUCGUCCGCCCGCUACGAGAAGCAGCUCGCGUACCUGUUGAUGCGCCAGAAACAGUUCAAGGAGGCCGCGUUGAAAGCUAAAAAAGAAGGUAAUAUUGAACAAGCAAAAGAGUAUUUACGUGCAGCCAAAGGGUUCGAUACGGUGAUAGACGCCGCGAGAGGCGGCCUGCCGGUCGACCUCAAGUCUUUGCCCCUCCCGCCUAAAGCUAAGGAGAAUUUGGAACACACUUUCGACAUAGUGUCGAGUGAGGACUGCGGCCCGUCGGACGAGGUGCCCACCGUGCGCGGCGAGGACGGCGACGUGUGGGCGCGCCUGCAGCAGCAGCUAGGCUCGCAGCUGCAGCUGUGCCAGCGGAACCGGGACCACUGCAGCGCCACCGGACACAUCGCGGAGGCGAACAGGUUCGAGCACCUCGCCGUUACGGUCGCGCAGGACUUGGAUGUCGUGGCGGUCGCCAAAAGUCUGGGCCGCGGUCCGCCGAAGUUCCACUACGAGUCCCGGCAGUUCGCGGUGGCGCAGUGCAACACGGACCUCAACGAGAACGAGCUGCAGCUGACCGUGGUCCGCGGCAUCGCGUACAACGUCGCCAACCCGCAAGACGUCGACACUUAUGUCAAAUUCGAAUUCCCCUACCCCCCGGAGGCGCCGGCGACGGACUGCACGGCGGUGGUGAAGGACACGAACAGCCCGGACUACGGCGCGGUGUUCUCGCUGCCCAUCCAGCGCGCCGCCCGCACCUGCCAGCGCGCCUUCAAGCGGCACGCGCUCAAGCUGCACGUGUACUCCAGAGGCCUGUCGGACUCGUGCGGUUGUUGCAGCGGCUGGUUCUCGCGGGACGCGCUGCUCGGGACCGUGGUCGUCCGCCUCGCGCCGCUGGAGACGCACGUCACCCUGCACGAGGCCUUCCCGCUGAUGGACGGGCGCCGUCCUGCCGGUGGCUCGCUCGAGGUCAAACUGAGGGUCCGGACUCCGAUCCUGCACCAGCAGAUCGAAAACACGACGCAUCGGUGGCUCGUCAUCGAUAACUAAAUAUUAGUUAAUAGGUUUAUGCUGAAACUUGUAAAUGCUGACGUCAUUGUUCUAGACGGCAAUCGUCGUGAAAACUUUGUAUAUUAAUCGAUAAUCAGAAUCGCAUAUUUGAACUUCGAAUCAUUCUUCGAAACAUCAUGUCUACAUUAAAUUAUUAAGAAAAAAAAAUACAAAAAAGUUAUACCGAUUAUUGUCAAUCGACGAAUGUUUAAUAUUGUUGCGAUAUACGCUUAAAUAGGACUGGCACAUAGAAUCUGCAGCUUCGAGAAAACGAUCUUAGCGAUACAUUGCGGGCUUACGAUAAACGAAUUUGCUACAAUAAUAGCUAUUUACACAGCUUAUAGGGAGGAACCAGAAUCUGUUGCCCUAACGUGAGAAUUGAUAACGAUGAUCAUCUGUAAAGAGAUCACUGUGGAUGUGUCAGCUGUUUGUGAUUGUCUUACAUUGCGGGUACCAUAGAAAGCAUAGGUACUCUAUAUAUGAGUCGUCUAUUAUCAAAGGUGGC